AUGCCGGUGAGAACUGCUCGAGUUGAACUCUCAUCUCUCAUCAGGGACGUCCUUUUGGCAUUCUUCCUCCUCUAUCCUACUGUCAAGGCAAGCUGCGAAUGCGGCUUCGUCAUCAACGAUACCCAAGACUAUUAUACGCACCUCAUCCAUAACAACUUCAGCGCCUUCUCGCCAACAAAGCCGCUUAGCACAAAUCCCAAAUUCACGCGCGACUGGGCGAUCCAGAAGUGGGGGCUACCGGUGAUGAACUGGGCGACUCCAUUGCCCAUACUCAACCGGCCUGAGAAUGUGUACCUUGAAGACGGCCACCUGACUCUGCGGCAGGAAGGAUAUCCUAAGGAGUCUGUGAUGUCAGCACAUAACGACGAUAAAAAUGAGAUUGAUAUUGAGAUCUUGACGAGAGAGUUCAAGCAGGACUCCAUGUUGGUCCACUACACCACACAUCCGGCGUUGGACGACCGGGGAUGGCUGAUUGACAAUGCAACUGAGAUUAUUGCGUUAAAGGGGCAUAGGCCAUCUGAAUCCUUCCAGCUCCACCGGUUUGACUGGACAAAGGAAGAGUUACGGUUCUACCAGAAUUCAAAGGUGGUGCACACGAACAAUAUUCGAGUUCCAACAGACGAGGGGAGCGUUUAUAUGAACUUGUGGGCAGAUGGAGGGAUGUGGAGUGGCUCUCCUAGCACGACAGAUGUAUAUCUCCGGGUCAAGUACCUUUCGAUAUACCACAAUACCAGUGCGAGCGAAAAAGGGACCGACACUGCCUUUACACAGCGGUGCCAAAGAGCAGGAGGCCUUUCAACCGAGACUGUCUGCUACGACGUGCAUAUCAGUAGCGGCCUGCAGAUACCGUCGUCAAAAAGCAAGAGCCUAACACCAUUUCCUUUCUGGGUAUUAUCUCUAUUCUGUCUGAUAUUGGCCGUCAUGAUAACUUCGCUACCCUGA